CACAAUCGUUCAGAUUAUUGAUUAUUAUCAUCUCUAAGGACAUAUAAUCCUAACACAGUUUUCACAGGAGCAAUUUACUUUGAAAUCGUUGAUAUGGUUACGCCAAAUCAGGCGUGAAAGCUCUUGGCCGAUACAUUUUCAGGCUCGCCAACCCCUCCGUUAAUCAGAAUUAGCCCAUCAUGUCGCUGAACAGCAGUAGAAAAGGUUCGUCACAGUCCGAAUCCUCGACUAGUUCAUCAAACCAAGGCCUGAUAAUAUUUCAAGGCGAUAAAAUACCGAGGACGAAAAACGAGCUGCUUCUUCUCGGCUCCACAGCAUCGAUGUUGCUAAGCAGAACCGGAACGGUAAGGAGAGCCAACAGCUUCCGUAGAGACUCAACAAAGAGCAUCAGUAACGAAGAUAUUGUCAUUAAGAGGGAGAAGAUCGGAGAGCACUUCAAUACCCCGGAGAAAUUGAGAAGAUCCUUAGACAGUACCCAUAGGCAUAGCUUGGAGUCCAUUUCCGAAUACAAAGCGAAGCAUUCCUUCUCCAAUUCUUCGUUCUUCCAAACCAGGACUAGCAGCUCUAUAGACUCUCCAUAUUCAGACUGUACGGAUUACGCAACAAGGAGUAGUGCAGAAGUCAGCAAGCCGGAUAAGAAUAUAGCAACGCCAGAAUCUAGUUACCUCAGUUGGAUCGAGAGCGUUCAGAAUGAGUACUUUGGAAAAGGCUGCAAAAACGCAGAUGUGUCCGAUGCCGAGAAUAAAGUUGGCGAAUGGAAUAAUUUCUGGUUGAACUAUCAAAAUUCUAGGAGCGGUUUCGUUUCCAGUGUGAUUUAUAAUAGUGUCUCUCAGUAUUCCCGCGAUGAUAAAAUCGGAGAUGAACUGUCUGAACCUAGGAGUUCUUGUAGCACGCAGAAAGAUUUUACUGACAAGAAUUUCGGGGAUACGGUAACUUUGUCGGUUGAAGAUGCAUCGGAGAUCUUGAAAUGUUCGCAGAGGAUAACCGAGAUCAUGCUGGGUGCCAUUAAGAAGACUGACGGAAGCAGGGAAUUCUCCAGGAAUGGUUCGCUGCAUUCUUCCAUUUCCCAUCAGACUUCGAUCAAAGAUGAUGUCCUGAGAGAAAGAUCUUUUUCUUACACACCCAACACGGAACUCCAAAAGCAAAAGAUUCUUCUCAAAACACCAAACCCUCCACAACAAUCAACAAGUUCCAGUUGUAUCAACGCAAUUCUAAACACAGGUGUUGCAGAUUAUUUGAAGAGAGUUAUAAACAAAAGAAGGGAGUGUAACGACUUGGCCGAUGAUCCGCCAAAAUCACGACAUAGUUUUUCUGAGUGGUCUAUAAAGUGA